GGUGCGCACACCCAUGAGGCUCGAGGAAUGUGAUGAGUUUGUUUAACAUAUUUGUUGUUGUUUAGCUUCCGUUGGCGUCCAGACGCGUUUGGACUCUAGGGACGCUCCGAGGAUCUGUACGAAGCGGGUCGAGUCCAGGCCGAUGUUGUGCAGCAAGUGGUCAUCCGUUGCAGAAUUUCCGUGACUCUACGCAUUAGGCUGGUUGAUCAAAAGGGGUCUGGAACGUGUGUCAUGCGGCUCCUCCGCCUGUGCGGUUGAGAAAGGUAUGGAGAACACGAUCACUCAGUGUGGAUGUCACCAUCUGUUGCCCAUCCGUCCUUCCCCUUCUCAUCUCGUUCUGUCUUCCCGCCAGUUCCAGCGCGUCGCCAAUGUGUACUUCCUCCUGAUAUCCGUGCUCGUGUGCAUCCCCUCGGUCACGACCAAGAGCUGGAAGAGCAAGGUCCUCCCCUUUGCCGGCGUGCUCCUGUGGACGGCGCUGAAAGAUUUGUACGAGGAUUCCAAUAGGCGCCGUGACGACCGCGCGGAGAACGAGAGGCCCUGCCAUGUGUACAGCUGGCCGCGGGGAGCGCUGGAGCUGGUGCCGUGGAAGGCGUGCGGCGUCGGUGAUCUCGUCGCGGUGCACAAGGAUGAGCCCUUCCCCGUCGACAUGGUCGUGCUGUCCUCCUCGGACUCUUUGGGGACGUGCUUCAUUUCAACAGUAUCCCUGGACGGCGAGACGAACCUGAAGGAGAAGCGCGCCCUGCCGGCCACGCAGGCGGCGAGCAGCUCCGCGCUGGGGCGCGGCGCCGAGGAGGCCGCGGGGCUGCUGCGCGCGGCGGAGGUCGAGGUGCUGAUGGAGGCACCGAACCCGAACCUGGGCGAGGCCAGCGGGUCCGUGGCCUGGCCAGGCGGCCGCUGCGGCGCCGGGUUGGACAGCUUCCUGCCGCGCGGCUGCGUGCUGAAGAACACCGCCUGGGUGCUCGGCAUGUCCGUCUACGUGGGCCCCGAGACCAAGCUGCGCCUGAACGCCGCGGAGGCGCCGACCAAG